CCAGGGAUGGUAUGUUUACAUUGAGGCCUCCAGUCCAGCCCAGCCCAAUGACACUGCCCGUUUGGAGGGGCCGGUUAUACCACUGACACGGCCGGCGUGCCUGCGGUUCUGGUACCACAUGUACGGCACACAUGUCAACAGGCUCAACGUCUACUUAAAGUCUGGUGGAAACCUGGGCAGCCUAGUUUGGACUCAGUCCGGCAGCGUGAGUGACCUGUGGAUCCUGGCAACAGUAAACGUCCCCAUGACCUCCACCUUCCAGCCUGUGUUUGAGGCUAUCAGGGGCACCAGUUUCCGUGGUGACAUCGGUCUGGAUGACAUACAGGUGUUGGAUGGGCCGUGCUCAUCUGGUUCAGAUGUGUCCUGUGACUUUGAGGAUACUGCAGUGUGUGGAUAUACACAGAGUGCAACAGAUGACUUUGACUGGACAUGGCAGACUGGGAACACCCCCACAUCAAACAGUGGACCGACCAACGACCACACUUAUGGCACAGGAGCAGGACACUACUUUUACAUUGAGGCCUCCAGUCCCAGGCAGCCAGGAGACAGAGCGGUUCUGUACAGUAACCUCAUGCCUGCCACACCCGGCCGCUGUCUGGAGUUCUACUACCACAUGUAUGGUGCCAGCAUUGGCACCCUGAAUGUGUAUGUUAAUUCCAACGGCACCCUUGGGCCCAGUGUGUGGAGCUUGUCCAGUGACCAGGGUAAUGUGUGGAACCAAGCUCAGGUCAGCGUGAGCAGUACUACAGCCUUCCAACUCGCAUUUGAAGGAAUCACUAGCACCAGCUUCCGAGGUGACAUCGCUAUUGAUGACGUGACCUUGAAGGCAUAUGAUUGUUCCACAGCCGGCAAUUGUAACUUUGAGAAUGGUUUGUGCACAUGGACCAACAAUCAGGCAGAUGAUGACUUUGACUGGUUGAUAGGACGGGGUGGCACUGACAGUCAGUUUACUGGACCUUCUGUUGAUCAUACCCUCGGCACAGAUCAAGGGCAUUAUGUAUUUGUGGAGACGUCCAACCCAAGAGUGCCUGGUGACGUAGCCUUGCUACAAAGCGAGAGAUUCCCGUCUCACGCAGACGACAAAUGCCUGCGGUUCUGGUUCCACAUGUACGGUGCAGGAGGGAUGGGAAGCCUGACAGUUUACACUUUCACCACUGACGGACUGCGCACUAACCUGUGGCGGUUAGACACAAACCAGGGCGAUCAGUGGUACCGCGGACAGGUGUCAUUCUCAAGCUCCAGUGACUACAAGGUUGUGUUUGAGGCUAUUCGUGGUGCCAAUCAUCAGAGUGACAUGGCCAUCGAUGAUGUCUCCUUCUCACCUGGUUCCUGUUCUGUACAACCAGCUGUAGCUGUGCCUGGUGCUACUCUGGCUCCAACACUGCCAGCCAUCACAACACUGCCUCCCACCAUAGCUGUUGGCCAGUAUGGCUGCACCUUCGAGUCUGGCCUGUGUGGUUGGACCCAGGAUGCCUCGGACACCUUUGACUGGACCCGAUCUCAGGGUCCCACAGGGAGUACUCAGACUGGGCCUACUUCAGACCAUACCUUAGGAACAGACCAAGGCUGGUACCUGUUUAUUGAGACGUCCAGCCCCCAGGUGGCUGGUGACGUUGCCCGAGUGCUGAGUCCUGACAUCCCUGCCGGUACGCUGUGCCUGCAGUUCUGGUACCACAUGUACGGCGUACACGUGGACACGCUCAACGUGUACCUACAGGAGGGGAACACCCUGGGAACUGCCGUGUGGACAGAGACUGGCACUCAGGGAGAUCAGUGGAACCAGGGACAGAUUGCCAUCACCAAAUCAGCCACAUUUAAGAUUGUGUUUGAAGGGAUUCGUGGUACUGGGUACAGGGGAGACAUCGCUCUGGAUGACAUCAUUGUGAACACUGGGGCUUGUCCUGGACCAGGGAGUACCGCCCAGCAGUGUACGUUCGAUGAUGCCAGCCUGUGUGGGUACAUCCAGGACACGCAGGAUGACUUUGACUGGACACAGGCUUCUGGUACCACCGGAUCUACAGGAACUGGUCCUGACAAUGACCACACUACUGGCACAAAUGCAGGAAUGUACAUGUACAUUGAGACGUCCUCACCCAGAAAUCCAGGCGACAUUGCUCGCUUACUCAGCCCAACAGUCACUCCUGGUGGCACCCGGGCAGGCCAGUGUGUAGAGUUCUGGUACCACAUGUACGGAACCAGCAUCGGCACACUCAAUGUCUACAGCAGGAUCAAUGGAGUGGAGACGUCCAUUUGGAGUAAGGGCAGUGACCAGGGGAACCAGUGGAACCUGGCACAGGUCGGACUCACUACCUCCUCUCAGUACCAGGUUGUGUUUGAAGGUGUGACAGGGACGAGUUUCCGUGGUGACAUCGCCAUUGACGAUGUGCAGAUCAGUGAUGGGUUAUGUGGAGCACAAGGGGACUGCACAUUUGAGGACAAUGACCUUUGCACCUGGAGUCAGGACUUGUCAAAUGAUGACUUUGAUUGGCUGCUGGGUCAAGGGUCAACAGGCAGUCAGUUUACAGGACCUGACAGUGACCACACACUCGGCACUGCACAGGGAUACUACCUCUUCAUUGAGACGUCGUCACCCCGUGUGAAUGGAGACGUGGCGCGGAUCGUCAGCACCAGGUUUGACGCUGGACAGGACCGCUGCUUCGGCUUCUGGUACCACAUGUACGGAGCAAGUGUGGGAUCUCUCAGGGUUUACGUGCAAGAAAUCGGCUCUCAGACCAUAGAGUCAUUGCUAUGGGAACUGUCUGGUGACCAAGGCAACCAGUGGCAGACUGGUCAGGUUGGACUGAGCAGCAGGACCAAUCCUUACCAGCUUGUCUUUGAAGGUGUUCGAGGGACCAGCCACACUGGGGAUAUUGCUAUUGAUGACCUGUUUGUUACAAAUGGCUUAUGUUCCAUUUUACCAACUACAGCCAACCCCGGAGGGCAAGCACAAAUUGACUGUGACUUUGACUCUGGGUUCAGUGCCUGCAGCUGGACACAGUCCACAGCAGAUGACUUUGACUGGACCCUCACCAACAUCAGCACAACAACUACUGACACCGGACCCAGCUAUGACCACACCACUGGAGCAGGUCACUAUAUCUACAUUGAAAGCUCCAGCCCUCGUUCUCCUGGUGACACAGCCAUGUUGGAGUCCUCCACCCUGCCCCCUACUGACCCUAUGGGGAACUGCCUGUCCUUCUGGUACCACAUGUGGGGCGUCCACAUCGCCCAGCUGAACAUCUACACCUUCGUGCCCAGUACAGGGCAGCAGACAUUGGUGUGGAGUAAGGAUGGAGCACAGGACAACCGAUGGGUCUUAGGAGUUAGGUCAAUUCAGGCUGCAGCUGACUUUAAGAUCCAGAUUGAGGGUGUGGUUGGUACAAGUUACCGUGGAGACAUCGCUUUGGAUGACGUUGCGUACGUAACAGGGCCCUGUCCUGCUCUGAGUGACUGUGACUUUGAGACAGACUUCUGUGGAGCAGUCCAGGCUACCGAUGAUGACUUUGACUGGACCCGAGGCCGCAAUGGCACAGCAACAACAGGCACAGGUCCAACAGUAGACCACACCACAGGCACAGGAACAGGUUACUAUGCAUACAUCGAAACUUCCUCUCCCCGCCAGCCAAACGACAAAGCACGUCUGGAGACCUCCACGUACCUGGCCACGCCUGCUGCCUGUUUCCAGUUCUGGUACCACAUGUACGGCGUCAACAUCGGCACUCUCAACGUCUACCUGAAAACAGGAUCUACCAAUACCCUGCUGUGGACCAAGAGUGGAGACAACGACGACGUGUGGCGGUUAGCCUACGUCACCGUAUCCAGCCCGAAUGACAUCUUCCAGAUUGUGUUUGAGGGUGUGAGAGGCCAGAGUUUCCGUGGAGACAUUGCCAUAGACGACCUUCAAAUCCGAGAUGGUGCAUGUCCACCACCAGGAUUUUGUGACUUUGAGCGGGGCCUCUGUGGUUGGUCAAAUACUGGACCAACCACAGACCAGUUUGACUGGCUGCGUAACCAGGGUGGAACCCCAAGCUCCGUUACUGGCCCAUCUGUGGAUCAUACUACUAACACUGAUCAAGGUUUCUACAUGUUUACGGAGGUGAGCGACACAUCCUUGGUUGCGGGAGACAGGGCCAUCCUGUGGAGUGAGCACUUCCCGGCUACAACUGACGCCUGCUUCUCCUUCUGGUACCACAUGUAUGGAACAAAUGUCGGAGCACUCUAUGUGCAGCUGUACUCCCAGGGUGCCUUCCAGCCAGUCUGGGACAUCCAGGGGCAGGUCGGUAACGUCUGGCAGUACGCCAACAUCAGCCUCAGCAGCCCCACAGAGUUCCAGAUCACUGUCAUUGGAGAGAAGGGCAACGGCUACACCGGAGACAUCGCUGUGGAUGAUCUGAACUAUCAGGAGGUCUCAUGUGGAGUGACUACCCCUGCUCCCACCACCACACCGACACCAUCACAAGGGGCAAGUAGUUUUGACUGUGACUUUGAGACAGACCUGUGCACUUGGACCCAGUCUACCACAGAUGACUUCAACUGGAGCUGGCAGCAGGGUAGCACAGCAACAGGCAACACUGGACCUGAGUUUGAUCACACUCUUCAGAAUAGUCAAGGUCACUAUGUGUUCAUUGAGACCAGUUCAGGGAACAUGGGCGAUGCAGCUCAGAUCAUCAGUUCCCCCAUCACGCCCACCUCCAGUGGGAAGUGUGUGUUGUUCUGGUACCACAUGUACGGGGCACACGUCAACACGCUCAAUCUGAAGCUGCGUGGAAAUGCAGGUGACCUUCUCCUGUGGACGCUUCAGGGAACACAUGGCAACGAGUGGAGAUACGCACAAGUUCGAGUCACUGAGCCCAGCACCUACUCGCUGGUGUUUGAAGGGUUGCGUGGUUCCAGUUAUGAAGGUGACAUUGCCCUGGAUGACAUCGCAGUACGAGAUGGAGAGUGCCCGCCACCAGAUGGCUGUGACUUUGAGCAGAGUGACCUCUGUGGCUACACCCAGGACAUAACCGAUGAGUUUGACUGGACACAACAGAGUGGGACCAGCUCCACAGCAAACUCAGGGCCUUCCGACGACCAUACUUACGGUACUGCUAUUGGCAAGUAUGUCUAUAUCGAAACAUCAAGCCCGAGACAACCCGGAGAUUCGGCCAGGCUAACAUCACCAGUCUACCCUGGAACACAAGGGAAGUGCCUGCAGUUCUGGUACCACAUGUACGGGACUGAUAUCGGCGAGCUGACUGUGUACACAAAGACGGCUUUUGGUCUUAAUCCAGUGUGGACACUGAGUAGUGAUCAGGGCAACUUCUGGCAUGUCGGCAGGGCUAAUCUGGCUCAUGCCAUGAAUUACCAGAUUGUGUUUGAAGGUGUGCGAGGCCAGAGUUACCGUGGUGAUAUUGCCAUUGACGACAUCGUGAUGAAGGAUGGCCAGUGUGGCCCUGCAGGUGCAUGUGACUUUGAGGUGGACACCUGUGGCUGGUACAACACACGUGCUCAGGAUGACUUUGACUGGGUCAGGCAGCGUGGAGUCACCGCCUCCGCAAACACUGGACCUUCCGCUGAUCACACCAGUGGGAACGGAUAUUACAUGUACCUUGAGGCUUCUUCACCAAGACAACAAGGAGACAUUGCUGCACUUCUCUCAGAAGUCUUCCAGCCUGGCCCCCCAGCUAGGUGUCUGCGCUUCUGGUACCACAUGUUUGGAAGUGGCAUUGGAACUCUGAAGGUUUGGAUGCUAAAAUCAUUGUCCCAAAUAGAUGAGGUGUGGUCACUAAGCGGUGACCAGGGUGACCAGUGGUUCCAGGCCCAGAUCACACUCAGGAGCGAUCAGGCCUUUUUGCUGAUUCUUGAGGGCUUUGUUGGCACCAGCCACACUGGAGACAUCUCAGUGGAUGAUAUAGAGGUGACUAAUGGAGAAUGUACAGUGUGUGACACAAAAACAACAGACACUCAGUACCGGUACAGAUGGGACCUGCCUCCUGUCACCGGGUCAAGGUUUGAGUUUGAAGUGCAGGCCAGUAACGACGUUCACGUGGCGCUCUCGGCACAGAACCAGGAUCUCAACGAUAUGUACGAGGUUGUGAUCGGUGGCUGGAGUAACCAGCAAUCUGUCAUACGCCGCUCAGGGCAAGGGGCCAACCAAGUUGUGGCCCAAACACAGGGCAUCAACUCUCCAACUGAGUACCGCCCCUUCUGGAUCUCCUGGUCUCCUGAUGGCACCAUUGCUGUUGGACGUGGUAAUGAGGUUAACUCAUUCAUGCAGUGGGUGGAUCCGAACCCCCUGGUCAUCAGCUAUGCAGGGUACUCCACAGGAUGGGGAAGUACAGGGCAGUGGAGAUUCUGUUCAGCAGGAGUCACCCCCACUGGCUCACCUGGUACUGCAUUUGACUGUGGGAACGGCAAUUCAGUUCCCCUCUCCAACGUGUGUGACUUUAAAUUUGACUGCAGCAAUGGGAAUGACGAAGUCAACUGUGGUCCUUGCACGUUUGAGCAGAACGCCUGUUCCUGGACAGAUGUAAGUUCAGGGUCCUACAGCUGGAGAAGGGACAGAGAUGGAACCACCACGGCCAACACGGGACCUUCUGUAGACCACACCCUCGGAACCAACCUAGGCUGGUACAUGGCUGUGGAGGCUUACACCGGGACUGCUAACAAUCUGGCCAGGCUGAAGAGUCCAACUCUCAGGCAGGGAGGACCCGCAUGUAUGCUCAAGUUCUGGUACCACAUGUAUGGAUCAGGAAUAGGCAGUCUGAGCGUGUAUGUACAGCUGGGCCCGGUGACACAGACACGAGUAUGGACACUUGACCAGGACAGAGGGGACCAGUGGAGAGAGGCUGUAGUGUAUGUGGGCAGGGCCAGGGGAGAAUUCACGAUUAUGUUUGAAGCCUUGCGCAGCUUCAGUACAGCUGGUGACAUUGCUGUUGAUGACAUCACGUUUGAAAACUGUGCACUGCCAGCUGCCCAGACCAGCUGCAGUAGAGACCAGUUCCGCUGCAGCAGCCUGGCCUGUGUGGAGAGUGACCGUGUCUGUGACUUCAGCGAUGACUGCGGAGACAACUCUGAUGAACUGCAGUGCAGUAACUACCCUGCGCGUUGUGACUUUGAAACCAGCCUGUGCUCGUGGCAGCAGCUGACUGAUGAUGACUUUGACUGGACCAGAGCCAACGGGAACACUGCAUCUGUGGGAACAGGUCCUUCCAGAGACCACACACUCAAUACUGAUGCAGGUUACUAUGUGUACAUCGAGGCAUCCAGCCCCAGGGUACAGGGAGACAAGGCCAGACUGGCAGGUCCCACCUUCCAAGCAGUCAGCGUAGAUUCCUGCAAGAUGAGGUUGUUCUUCCACAUGCUGGGACAGCACAUCGGCGCACUUCGCGUGAUGACAAGGACUGCCAUUGGCGGCCCCAUGACCACAGUGUGGUCCCGCAACACCGCAAUCGGGGACUACUUUGAUCGAAACUCUGUUACCUUGCAAAGUGCUACUCCAUUCCAGGUGGUGAUUGAAGGUGAAGUGGGAUCAGGCCACCAGGGAGACAUUGCUUUGGACGACAUCUCCUUCUCUUCAGGAUGUCAAAUCUUCAACGGUCUUCUGCCCAGUGGUACAACAGCCCCGCCCACCACCGGUCCCUGUCCUUCCGGUCAGUUCUCCUGUGCGACCAACCCAACCUGCAUCCCCAGCUCACAAGUGUGUGACUUCACUGACCAGUGUACCGAUGGGUCUGAUGAAAACUUAUGUGGUGUGACAGACUUUGAAUACGACGCUGGAGGCUGGGUGGACACCAGUUCUGGGCAGUACUCCUGGAGGAGGGAGGCAGCUACGGUGUCUACUGAUCCCAGCAGUCCCAACACUGACCACACUCUCGGCACUACCGCAGGCCAUUUCAUGUACUUGGAGGCAGCAUCCGGCCUCUUCGUGAAUCCAGCCACAAUGGAGACCCCAGCUUUGGGAGCGACAGGCCUGGCCUGCCAGGUCAGCUUCUGGUACCACAUGAACGGUUUCCAGUCAGGAACCCUGGCAGUUAGCCUGGUCAACACGGCCGACGCCACGGAUACCAAACAGCUGUGGGCUGUGUCAGGCAGCCAGGGUGACCAGUGGAACUUGGGACUGGUCAACGUUGGAGAGCAUCCUGCAGGGUAUAAGCUUGUGAUGGAGGGAAGCCCGACAGCCUUAAGUUUCCUACUUGGUGGAAGUGACCUGGCCAUUGAUGAUAUCACCUACAUAAACUGCUGCCCAACCUGUCCACCAGUACAUGCACAAGAUCUGACCUGUAACUUUGAGGCAGGCACCUGUGGAUAUUACCAGAGUCAGGAUGAUGAGUUUGACUGGAUCAGAUCCAACAAUGGACCGGACGCCUUUGAACAGGGUACAGGCCCUGGGUUUGACCACACUACAGGAACAGGCUAUUACAUGUACAUCGAUGCAUCCCCACCUCGUGUCCAGGGAGACAGAGCCAAGCUGGUCACCUGGCACCAGCCUCAGGCCACUGAGAAGUGUGCUCAGUUCUGGUACCACAUGUUUGGACUUGCUGUCGGCACCCUUAAUGUUUACAUUGAGCGGAAAACUCUGACCCCAGAGCUGUUGUGGAUGCGCUCUGGCUCUCAAGGCAACAUGUGGAGAAAGGGACAUGUGCCGAUUGUCAGUUCUUCUGCAGAAUGGCAGUUGAUUUUUGAAGCAGUCCGAGGCGACAGCUGGUCAGGUGAUAUUGCUCUCGAUGACAUCACAGUGACUGAUGGACCCUGUCCAGUGGAAACUCAAUGUGACUUUGAGGUGAAUAUGUGCUGGCAACAGUCCAUCACAGAUGACUUCAACUGGGCCAGAGGCAUACUGCCGUCAGGCCCCAGUACUGAUCACACUACAGGAACAGCUGCAGGCAACUACGCCUACCCAGACGCUUCACCCAACCAAAACACCGGGGACAAGGCCAUGCUGUUUUCUCAAAGCUUCCGUAUAUCCGGACCUGCUGACUGUCUGCAGUUCUGGUAUAACAUGGCGGACGGUCGUCUGGGUCAGCUGAAUGUUUACCUGCAGCAGGGGCCCAUCCUGGGCACUGCCAUCUGGUCCAUGUCUCAGACCCAGGGCGAUGUGUGGAGAAUCGCCCGCGUCACACUCAACAACCCAGGCCAGUCUGUCCAGGUGGUGAUCGAAGUUAGCUAUGGCUAUGGUAUCCAAGGAUCCAUUGCGAUUGAUGAUGUCACAAUCAAGAGUGGUGCCUGUCCAACACAAGGCUACUGUACAUUUGAAGAAGACACGUGUGGGUGGCAGAACACUGCAUCGGGAGAUGAGCUUGACUGGCUGUGGAACUCUGGUGCCACACCCAGCGCCUUCUCAGGCCCUGACGUGGACCACACCACCAACUCUGACCUUGGUCACUACAUGUUUGUGGAUGCCAGCAGUGCCAGUGGAACCCGGGCAUGGCUCGUCAGCGAGCACUUCCAGCCAACAGUAGGAGGAUCCUGCCUGACCUUCUGGUUCCACAUGACAGGCCUAGGAUCUGGUACCAUCUCAGUUUACAAGCGUAGUGACAACCAACUGAUCAAGCUAUGGGACAGAUCAGGAGACCAGGGAAAUGUCUGGAACUAUGUACAAGUUGACAUCAUAAGCAACACAGAAUUUCAGCUGCUCAUUGAGGCUGAACUGGGAUCAUUCCUGUUCUUUGUUUCGGCUGACAUUGCUAUUGAUGACACGGAUUACAUCGAUGGACAGUGCAAUGGGCAAAUAGCCACCACUCCUGCACCAACAAUACUACCUGCAACAUUCCCUACUGGGAAUGCGGACUGUAACUUUGACCUUGCAACAACAUGUGGAUGGGUCCAGGACACCAGCGACGAUUUUGAUUGGAUCGUACAGAACAGCACAACUGACACGUACGGCACAGGUCCGAGUGGAGACCACACCACUGGCAGUGCUGAGGGUUAUUACGCCUUUGUUGACUCCACUGGUGUUGCAAAUUUUGCCAAGGCUCGAAUCCUGAGCCCCGGGCUUCCCGCAUCUUCCAACGGCAGGUGCCUCCACUUCUGGUACCACAUGUUUGGCUACCAUGUGGACUUCUUGAAGGUUUACACCUCCUCUGGUGGUAGUCUUCAGGGCCCGAUAUGGCAGAAGUAUGGGAACCAAGGCAAUGAGUGGAAAUAUGCACAAGUACAUCUGACAGCUACAGGAGACUAUCAGGUUGCCCUGGAGGGUAGUAAGGGUCCAGGCUGGCAGGGAGACAUUGCUGUGGAUGAUGUCGGCAUCAGUGAUGGGCCAUGCCUUCCAUCAAAAACUUGUGACUUUGAGUCGACAGACUUGUGUGGUUACACCCAAGAUGUAGCAGACUAUGGUGACUGGAUCCAGUCUAGUGGCAGCACCGGGACAGCCAACACUGGGCCAAGCUCAGAUCACACUUAUGGAACUCCAUUUGGUCAGUACAUGUAUUGUGAUGCGUCCCGCCACUCCCGUCCUGGAGAUUACAUCCGUCUGCUGAGUCCCACCUACCCCAGCACCUCAGGACAGUGUCUCCGCUUCUACUACCACAUGAACGGCACGGAUGUCGGCUCCCUCAGCAUUCGCACCAGGGCUUUUGGUACUGUGGGACCCGCAGUUUGGACCCAGAUGGGAGACCAGGGUGACGAGUGGCAAGUCGCUGAAUUAACAGUGUCGUCAGCCACACCUUACCAGAUGGUGUUUGAGUUCAUCAGCGGUAGUGGUCAUCAGGGAGACAUUGCCAUUGACGAUGUGUCAAUCACAGACGGAGCCUGCUCCCCUCCAGGCUGGUGUGACUUUGAGAUUGAUCAGUGCACUUGGAGUAACGAGCAGUAUGCAGAUGACUUUGAUUGGUUGAGAAACUCUGGCAGUACGAUAAGUUGGGCUUCUGGACCUACGACUGACCACACUUUAGGCACCAGCUCAGGAUACUACAUGUACACAGAAGGCAAUGGUGUACAGCCAGGUUCCAAGGCUUGGCUUGUAUCCCAGAGGUUCACCACCAGCACUGCCCAGUGCCUGUACUUCUGGUACAACAUGCGUGGUGCUGACAUGGGGACACUGAACGUCUACACCAAGACUACUGGGGGAGAUCCACAGCUCGUCUCCUCUGUGGUUGGAGACCAGGGAGCUGGCUGGAAGGAAUCCCAAGUCACCGUGUCUGCUAACAGUGCAUAUCAGGUCUUGAUAGAGGGCAUCAUUGGUUCUGGUCCUUUAAGUGACAUUGCAGUGGAUGACAUCAGGAUUGUACCAGGAAUCUGCCAGCCCGUGCCCACACAGCCUCCACAGACUGCCUCCUUUGGUAACUGUGACUUUGAGCAGGACAUGUGCCUCUGGAUGGACAGCAGUGAUGGGUCCUUCCAGUGGAAACGAGACAACAACGGCACCGGAACAUCCAACACUGGGCCAACUGCUGACCACACAACAGGCACUAAUGCAGGUUACUACCUGGCUGUGGAGGCAGAUGAUGGAAACCGUAACGACAUUGCAGUGUUGACAAGUCCUGUGUUUGAUCAGGCCAGCCCUACCUGUCAGCUGUCCUUCUGGUAUCACAUGUAUGGAAAUGGUAUUGGUACCAUGCAGGUGAUCUUGAGACAAGGAAACCAGGACACACAGUUGUUCCGCAGAAUGGGGGGACAGGGCAACAGAUGGAACAGCAUGAUUAUUGGCCUGGGACAACUGCGAGCUCCAUUCCAGAUCUUGUUUGAGGCUACUCGUAGCUUUAGCGUUCGCGGUGACAUUGCUCUGGACGACAUCAACUUUAUCAACUGUGAACUGCCACCAACCGAGGAUUCCUGUACUGCUGACCAGCUGAGGUGCGCCCGAGGCUCGUGUGUGGGGCUGGACAGAGUCUGUGACUACACUGACGACUGUGGGGAUGGGACAGACGAGGCACCCAACCAGUGUGCCAACAUCCCUGACCGAUGUGACUUCCAGAACGGCAUCUGCAGCUGGACCCAGUUUGGUGGGGAUAACUUCAGCUGGACCAGACGUGCUGGCUGCACACCUACAGGCAACACUGGACCCUGCAGGGAUCACACAUCCAACACUGAUGCUGGUCGCUAUCUGUACAUUGAGGCCUCCAACAGGCGGCCUGGAGACUUUGCAAGAGUUGCAAGCCGUAUAUUUGCUGGCACAACUGACAGUAAUCCUUGCAUGCUGAGGUUCUACUACCACAUGUAUGGAAAUAACAUCGGCAGCCUUGCCGUCAAAAUCCGCACGACAUAUGGUGGACCGCUAACCCAGCUGUGGGCGAGAACCUCACAGGUUGGAAACUACUGGGAGAGAGCAGAGAUCACCAUUCAAAGCAGUGGACUAUUCAGGCUGAUGAUUGACGGAACUGUAGGUAACGGGGCUCAGGGUGACAUUGCCAUCGAUGACAUGUCCUUCACCUCUGGAUGUGUGCCAGGCAACGGCCCCCUGCCCCCCAUGCCCACCACCCUCGCCCCUCCCAUCACCACCCAGUCCCCCUGCCAACCAGGACAGUUCAAGUGUCUGGAGGAUAACUCCUGCAUCGACGCCAGCAAAGUCUGUGACUACAUCAUGGACUGUUUCACCAGCUCUCCUUCUGCUGUGCCAUCAGAUGAAGCCAUGUGUGGUGCCUGUAACUUUGAACGUGACCAGUGCGGAUGGACAGAUGUCAGCUCUGGCCAAUUCGACUGGACAAGAAACCAAGGGCCAACUUCUACAGCCAACACUGGACCGUCUGUGGACCAUACUACACUAACUGGACAGGGUCACUACAUGUACGUGGAAGGAGGCAAUGGAUUGUUCCUAACCCCAGCCGCCCUACAGAGUGUCCCAUUGUCACAAACAUCUAAUGUUUGUCAGGUACGUUUCUACUACCACAUGUAUGGUCCAGGUGUGGGUGUACUGAGGCUGAUGCUGGAUGCUGCAGGGGAUGGCAGUGCCCUGACAGAACUGUGGAGAAAUGAAGCCGACAUGGGAGACGCCUGGCAGGAGACUACGGUCAACCUUGCUGGACAGCCUGAUGGAUACAGGCUGCAGUUCCAGGGUGUACCAAGCUCGUCUGGGGGAGGCUGGGGCUUCCUCCUGCCUGACACAGACGACAUGGCCAUUGAUGACAUCACCUUCAUCAGUUGUGACCUUGGCUCUGAGAGAGACUAUAACUGUACAUUUGAGAGCGACCUGUGCGGAUGGCGCCAGUCCACAGACGAUGACUUUGACUGGACACGGCAGCAGGGUGCCACAACCAGCCAGAACACUGGACCAGACAACGACCACACCACUGGGACAGGUUAUUAUGUCUACGUGGAGGCGUCCAGCCCCAGACAGGAUGGUGACAUUGCCAGGCUGGAGACCGGCAGUCUCCCUGCCACUGCCACUGGCAGCAGCUGCCUCUCCUUCUGGUACCACAUGUUUGGGCCUCACAUCGGCUCCCUGUCUGUACACAUGCAGCAGGCAGGACAGACUAAAAAUAUGGUGUGGCAACUCCAAGGUACACAGGCAAACGAGUGGAAGCAAGCUCACGUCAGCAUCAUUGCACCUGUGGGGUACAGGUUAUUCAUCGAGGGCACAGUUGGACCAGGAUAUGUUGGAGACAUCUCACUAGAUGAUGUCAUACUGACCAGCACCCCUUGUCCACCAUCACCUGAGUGCACAUUUGAGGCUGACCUGUGUAACUGGGAACAAGCCAGAGACGAUGAAUUUGAUUGGGUGAGACACCGGAAUGGAACGGCAUCAUCAGGGACUGGACCACGCUACGACCACACCUACCUCUCAAGCUUCGGUUACUACCUGUACAUGGAGACGUCCAGCCCCAGACAGCCUGGUGAUCGAGUGCGACUGCUCAGUCAGUACUACGAUGCCAACAACGGGGAGCAGUGCCUGCAGUUCUGGGUGCACAUGUUUGGGGACCAUGUCGGCACCCUGAAUGUGUACCAGCAGGAGGAGGGAGCGUUUGUCCCGGGACCCAUCUGGACCAAGUCUGGAGACCAGGGGAACCUCUGGAGGUUUGGUCGGGCCACUCUGGCUAACACAAGAAGGCGAUUUAGGGUUGUGUUUGAAGGCACAGUUGGGAAUGGGUUCCGUGGAGAUAUUGCACUGGAUGACAUCAAGGUGAUAGUUGGGGCAUGUGAAAGACCAGGAUUCUGUGACUUUGAGAGGGAUACGUGUGGUUGGACCAACGAACUCUACAUCGACGACUUUGAUUGGCUGCGGGACAAUGGUGCCACGCCCAGCAUGUUCACAGGGCCGUCAGUGGACCACACCACCAACACAGACCAGGGUUACUACCUUUACAUUGAGUCAUCUGGAAACAACAGGCCUGCUGGAGAAAACGCCUUCCUCCUGAGUGAAAGUUUCCCUCCAACACAAAUAUCGUGCCUGUCCUUCUGGUACCACAUGUACGGAGCCGGAGUAGGCUCUCUGAACGUCCUGACGGCCGUGUACACGGGAGGAAACAACAUCAACGCCACGUACCGCUGGCGUGCGUCUGGGAACCAGGGUAAUGUUUGGAGGCAGGGUCUGGUGCAGAUCAGAGAACCUACACAGUGGGAGGUGAUGUUUGAGGGUGUGUAUGGGGGUAACUACACUGGUGACAUUGCACUGGAUGACAUUGAUGUCCAGCCUGGUGCUUGUCCAUUUGUCCCUACAACACCUACCACCCCUCCUGUGACACUCCCACCAGUGUAUCCUCCAAAUGAGAAUGACUGCACCUUUGAGUCAGACAUCUGCUCCUGGACACAAGACACCAACGACAACUUUGACUGGACCAGAGCCAGUGGAAGUACAGCAUCCGUGGGAACAGGACCGGCAAUCGACCACACUACACUAACAGACAGUGGCUUCUACCUAUACAUUGAAGCAAGUGGCCAGCAGUUCAAUGACUCCGCCAGGCUCUUGAGCAAGUCCUUCACAGCCACCAAUGCUGGGGUGUGUAUGAAGUUCUGGUACCAGAUGUAUGGGUCCAGUGUGGGCCAGCUGAACAUCUAUGCCCGAACCCCUGGCAUCCCAGAUGCUAUCAUCUGGCGCAUGCGAGGCAACAGGGGGCCACAGUGGAACUACGCACAAGUGCACAUAACUGCAGAUAGCCCCAAUGAGUACAAUGGUCAGUACACGCUGCAGGUUGUGGUGGAGGCAACACGUGGCCAAACCUGGAGUGGGGACAUCGCUGUGGACGAUUUCAGCUUCAACAUAGGAGAUUGUCCAGCUACAGCACUGUGUGACUUUGAGAAUGAUCUCUGCGGCUACACCCAGGACCAGGCUGAUGACUUUGACUGGACCUACCAAUCUGGUGGCACAAGCACCUCACAGACCGGACCCAGUUAUGAUCACACCUAUGGCACUCCUGCAGGAUUCUACAUGUACACUGAGAUGUCAGGGUUGAGUACUGGUGAUCGAGCUCGCCUCUCCACCCAGGCCCACCCUGCCACAGUGGGCCAGUGCCUGCAGUUCUGGUAUCACAUGUACGGGACUGAUAUCGGGACCCUGAAUGUGUACAAGAGUGAAGGGUCUGCCUUCCCCACUCUGCUGUGGAGCAUUAGUGGACAGCAGAUGAACCACUGGCAUGUUGCACAAGCCACCAUCCAGAGUUCGCGUGAUUUCAGGAUAACAUUUGAAGGUGUCCGUGGUACAAGUUUCCGUGGAGACAUCGCCAUUGAUGACAUACUGCUGCUGGACUCCGAAUGUGACCCCCUGGGGUCAUGUGACUUUGAGGGCAGCUCCUGUACGUGGAAGAACGAGGAGACACGGGACAACUUUGACUGGGAGCGCCAAACUGGAGGAACUGUGUCCGCAGACACCGGGCCGUCAGCUGAUCACACACUGGGAACAUCCUAUGGUACUUACCUGUACAUAGAGACCUCUGUACCCCAGCAAGCUGGUGAUAUCGCGUGGAUGACGUCUCCAGUGUUUGACAACAGCAUGCCCCGCUGCAUGAGCAUGUGGUACCACAUGAAGGGUCAGAACAUUGGAGCCCUGCGUGUGUACAUAAGGCCUACAGACGGGUCUGCCAUGCAGCUCCAGUGGCAGAAGUCAGAUGACAUGGGAGACACCUGGAAUCUGCUCUACAUCACUCUCAAGAAUGCACCAAGCAGCUACGAUGUUGUGCUGGAAGGUGUGGUUGGUGCUGGGCAUAGUGGAGACAUCGCUGUUGAUGACAUCAGCUUCCAGGACAAUGUAGAAUGUCCUCCCCAACCGACCAGUGCUCCCCCGUGUACUUUGACGUGUUCCUCCAGCGACAGUCAGUGGCCGCCGUGUGUUCCUCAGACUGCUGUGUGUGACUUCAACCAGGACUGCAAGGACAAGGAUGACGAAAUUACCUGUGGUUAUGAUUGCACCUUUGAAAAUAAUGAUGGCUGCCAGUGGAAUGAGACCAGCACUGGAACAUUUGCCUGGCGCAGACACCGUGGCUCCACUCCAGACUCCAACACUGGACCUCCGUAUGACCACACCACACUUUCUGCACAAGGUUUCUACAUGUAUGUGGAUGCCAGCAGUGGAAAUGUAUACAGCUAUGCCACCUUGACCAGUCCCAUGCUACAGCAGGCCAGUUCCACAUGUGAGCUGACCUUCUGGUACCACAUGUAUGGCCAGGACAUCGGGAGCCUACAGGUGGUGAGGCAGCAGGGCACUACCCAGGCUACCCUGUGGGAACUGUCAGGAGACCAGGGUAAUGUGUGGCAGCAGGCUGUGGUCUCUGUAGGACGGGUCAACACACCAUUCCAGUUGCUUCUGCAAGCUCGACGUGGCUUCAAUCACCUUGGUGACGUCGCCAUCGAUGAUGUUAUUUUCCAGGGAUGCGCUCUUCCAGUUCCAGUCAGUGGUGACUGUGGCAGUGGCCAGUACAAGUGUUCCCAGAGAGGAGCGUGUAUUGACAACAACCGUGUGUGUGACUUCACUGACGACUGUGGGGACAACACUGAUGAACAGACCUGUGAUGCCUUCCCCGGCCGUUGUGAUUUUGAGCUGGGCCUGUGUUCGUGGCAGCAGAUGGCUCUAGACGAGGCUGACUGGACCCUACAGUCUGGUCCUACCACCACCACAUCUACUGGCCCUGCUAUAGACCACACCACCAACACUGCAACAGGCCAGUACCUGUACCUGGAGUCAUCACGCCCUGCCAGCCCAGGUGAUAGAGCACGUCUGGUCAGCCCAGUACUGCAGGUCUCAUCCUCAGCUACUGCAACAGACACCUGCAAGCUUCGGUUCUACUACCACAUGUACGGUGCAGACAUCGGUGAUCUGAACGUCUACACCAGGGUACAGGACGGAGGGCCUCUCACCAGAGUUUGGUCACUCUCAGGACAAGUCGGAGACUUCUUUGUAAGAACAGAAGUCGACCUGCAAAGUCCUACUGGACGAUUCCAGGUUAUCAUAGAGGGGACAGUAGGAUCAGGCCCAGAGGGUGAUAUUGCUAUUGAUGACGUGUCCUUCUCAGACAUGUGCCAGUCUGUCACAGGUGUGCUGCCCCCAGGUACUACCCCCGUCCCCACCACUCCUACCCCACCCUGCCCAGCUGACCAGUUCAACUGUGGAGAUGGCUCCUGCAUCCCUACCACUCAGUACUGCGAUGGUACAGCCCAGUGUGCAGAUGGAUCUGAUGAAGCUACUUGUGGUGCCUGUACCUUUGAGACAGACCAGUGUGGUUAUGUAGACACGAGCUUUGGGGCAUACAACUGGCAGCUGUACCAGGCUAACACUCCAGCUGCAACUGGACCUGACAUGGAUCACACCAGCGGUGUUACAGGCCACUACAUGUCUGUGUCUGCUGUUGGAGGGAGUGUAGUCAACCUGGCAGUGCUGCAGAGCCCAACCUUACCUGCUGUAGGACCCAACUGUCAAGUCAAAUUCUGGUACUACAUGACUGGUACCCAUGACGGACGUCUGUCGGUGUAUGUGAGCGGAGCUGACGGAUCCAUGAGUCAAAUCUGGCAGGAGUCGCUGACAAGUAAUCAGUGGAGGCAACAGAUUGUGGGCAUCGGCCGCCAGGACUAUGGCUACAAGGUGGAGUUUGAGUACUUCCACUUCUUCCAGGGUGCUGUGGUAGCAUUGGAUGACAUCACUUUCCAAAGCUGUGAACUUGGAGACCAGAGACCAUGUGGAUUGGGAGAGUUCUUCUGUGUCCAGUCUGGAGACUGUGUGAACUGGACUAAGAUCUGUGACUACGGACAGGACUGCAGGGAUGGCAGUGAUGAAGCUGACUGGGUUUGCACCUCGGCCGCCUACCCCUACGAGAGAUGUGACAUGGAGACAGACAUCUGCUCCUGGACUCAGGAACUGGACGAUGACUUUGACUGGGACCGCAGGAGUGGCAGCACCUCCUCCUUCUCCACAGGCCCUGCUGUCGACCACACUACUGGGGAUACCUCAGGCUAUUACAUCUAUAUCGAGGCGUCCAGUCCCAGACAGCCUGGGGAUGUGGCCAGAAUCAGUAGUCCAGUCUUCCUGCCCACAACAGUCCUGCCCACUACUCAGGGCGCUCCAACCAUCCCACCUGGAUGUCAGAUGCGUUUCUGGUACCACAUGUACGGACGGAACAUUGACACACUGAACGUGUACAUGAGAACCCAGAUCAACGGGCCACUGACCAACCUGUGGUCUACCACAGGAGAGCAGGGCGAUGAAUGGUGGCUGGCUUAUAUAGACAUCACCAGUGAUGCCAACUUCCAGAUUGUGAUAGAAGCUGCACGAGGAGAUGGAUCUUAUGGUGACAUCGCUGUUGAUGAUGUCUCCUUCACUCCAGGCUGCAGGGUGGACUUAACGGCCAGUCUGGCACCACCGCCCACCCCCACUGCGGCUACCUGUCCGAUCGGCCAGCUCCCGUGUUCGAAUGGCCAGUGCUUGUCCUACAGCAAGUUCUGUGACUUCAACUAUGACUGCCCUGAUUCUAGUGACGAGUUGACUUGUCCAUCUGUGUGCAACUUCGAGAUUCAGGACGACAACAUGUGUUACUGGACCAACCCAACAAGCGAUGACUUUGAUUGGCAUGUGCACAGUGGGCGGAACACUGCCGCCGGCACUGGGCCUACAGUGGACCACACAUACGGCACACCUGCAGGAAAGUUUGCAUGUAUAGAAGCUGCCAAUCACUACUCCAUGAAGGCAGAAUUCCUCAGCCCCAUGUUCGGACACUCUGGUACCACCUGUAAGCUCAGCUUCUGGUACCACAUGUAUGGUGCCAACAUUGACGGUCUCACCAUGUACCUGAAGAUAGGAGAACAGAGGAGGCCACUGUGGUCGGCUAGUGGGGACCAUGGUGAUGUCUGGAACAAUGCUGUUGUCAACAUACCUCCAUGUACUGCUAACUUCCAGGUUCUGCUAGAAGGCAGUAUAGGAACAGCGACUUUAGGAAACAUAGCGCUGGAUGACUUGAGAUUCCAGGACUGUGGCUAUCCUGACCCGUCUGGCUCCUGUUCAUCAGACCAGUUCCAGUGUAACAGUGGCCACUGCAUCUCCAAACUAGCCACAUGUGACUACUCUCUGGACUGCUGUGACGGAUCAGAUGAAUCCAUUGGACAAUGCCGGUCCGUGCCCAUGUGUGCAUUUGAGAGGGACCUGUGUGAUUGGACACAGUUGCAGUAUGAUGACUUUGACUGGAGGAGGCACCGUGGGCACACCAGCUCUGAUGGUACAGGCCCACAAGUGGACCAUACCUCUGGCACAACUAGCGGCUAUUACCUGUAUGUGGAGACAUCUUUACCCAGACAGCCUGGAGAUAUAGCACAACUUGCCAGUUUCAUCAUCGAUGCAAACCCCAGGGACUGCUAUCUAAGGUUCUACUACCACAUGCUGGGCAUUGGCAUUGGGAACCUGAAUGUUUACAUCAAGCCCAUCGGCAGUGAUGACAUGAGGGGUGUGGACAGCUUAGCAGGGGACCAGGGUGAUGCCUGGCUCCGACGGAAUGUCUUACUCGCCAGCACUGAACCAUUCCAGGUGAUUCUGGAGGGAGUGCGAGGGCUGGGUGUGGCUGGAGACAUCUCUAUAGAUGACGUCACAUUUACAGAAGGCUGCACAGCAUAUGCAGGAACAGUUGCCCCUCCAACUACUACCCCUCCCCCAACUACAACACCAGCAACAACCGCGAUGGUUUGCCCAGUUGGCCAGCGACCUUGCAGUGACUUUGCCACCUCCAGUCAGUGUGUGUCUGAGACGGCCUGGUGUGACUUCAGGCCUGACUGUGGCGACCGCUCAGACGAGACAGACUGCAACACAAUCUGUAACUUUGAGAGAGACAACUGUCGGUGGAACAACCAACCAGGAGCCAGCAUGAACUGGACCAGGACUACAGGAGCUGACACACAGGGAGAUCCCAACUCACCCAGUACAGACCACACUCAGCAGAGCAGCCUUGGGUACUUUAUGUACGUGGACUCUACACCUCCGACCUCUAGCGGUGUGGCAGAACUGAGCAGUAGAACGUUCAACGGUGCUGCGGCAGCCUGUAGGGUGGAGUUUGCCUUCUUCAUGUUUGGAUCAAAUGCUGGAACUUUAGAGCUGCUGAUGGACACAGAGGGCGGUCGUACUUCCCUAUGGAGAAUUUCAUCCACCAAUUCUGAAAACAACAAGAACAGCUGGCAGACCAUCGGCAGUGUGUCUAUUGGACGCAGGAGACAAGAUUUCAAGCUGAUCUUCAGGCAUUCCUACACUGGGCAGUACAACGGUGCAGUGGCGGUGGAUGAUGUGGCCCUGAGGGGAUGUGACUUCCCUCUCCCUCAGCAGUCCUGCCCCGGACAGUGGCAGUGUGGCAAUGGGGCCUGCAUCGAGAACGCACUUGUCUGUGACUUAUCUGACGACUGUGGUGACAACACCGACGAGUUACUGUGCUCUCAACUGAUCCAUUGUAACUUUGAGGCAGACCUCUGUACUUGGCAACAAUCAAAUGAAGAUGAUUUUGACUGGAUGAGAAACAAUGGUACCACCUCUACCUACUGGAGCGGCCCCUCAAGAGACCACACUACUGGCACCAGGUUUGGUUUCUACUUGUUUGCUGAGACAUCCAGCCCACAGAGCUAUGGUGAUCAGGCUUGGCUCAUCAGCCCUGUCUUUGCAGCUACCCCUACCCCCAUCAUUCCCUCAACUUGUCAGAUGCGUUACUGGUUCCACAUGUACGGUGAGCAUGUAGAGGAGUUGAAUGUGUACAAGAGACAGUACAACAGUGGGAAGGGUGUGCGCAUCAUGAACCAUUAUGGAAACUUUGGGGACAUGUGGAACAGGUUCUAUGUCAACAUCACCAGUGAGACUCCAUUCCAGAUUGUAAUGGAGGCUGUGGUAGGAGACAGUUAUCAGGGAGACAUUGGCAUAGAUGACAUCAGUUUCACCGAUGGCUGUCAACUCUAUCCAGGCCAGCUGCCCCCUUCCCCCGGCCACUACUUCCCCCCCACCCACCAGUGCAGGCCCCACCGUCUGCACCCCCACCCAGUACCAGUGUAGGAACGGUCAGUGCAUUGACAGCAGCAGAGUCUGUGACUUCAACUUAGACUGCCGAGAUUCCUCAGAUGAAGAUGGCUGUGUGAGUGAAAAGUGUGACUUUACUGGAGGAGACCUGUGUGGCUGGAUCUCUCUGGACACAGACGGACCACGAAUAUCACGUGCCGUCACGUACUACCGCUGGCAGACAGGGCAGGGGAAGGACAGAACUCCUUCUGAAGCCUCCAAUAACAUCAGGCCUGGUGUGGACCAUACCUCAGGAACAGGAGACGGUUAUUACCUGUUUGCGGACAGCUCACCUGGAAGUUUCCAGGACACCGCACAGAUCAUCACACCAGUGAUCUCCCGUACGGGGUCCCAGUGUGUGCUGUCUUUCUGGUACUACAUGCACGG